GUCAGUGUUGGCAACAAUUGCUAGCAAAUAAGGUUGUGAUUACAAACUAACUUCAACCCGUGUGAACUCGGUAGUUACUUUUGGGCAAGAGUUAUCCCAAUAUGCCAGCAAAGGAGAAAAAUGCUCCCCAAGUUCUGGAGCUUGCAGAGGGGCACAGAGGUACUCGCCUGGACUGUGCUAAUUUCUUCAUCCAACUCAAGAGUAUUCCGACCCUACAAAACAGUAAAGCAGAGUUGUUUGGAGAUACAAUCAGUCAGUUAGGACCUUGAAACGAAUCGAAAGGCGAAGGCAGCACGUCUACAAUUAUUUGGACAGUUUGGUUGCCGUUGCCAUCAAGCAGCUGAUGGGUUCACGGAAGAAUCAAGAGAAUCUUCUUUCAAUGGAGGAUACUCAGGAACAAUUCAGCGAUUCUGAAGGACAAGCGGAUGUCGAUGGCAGGAGCAAGGAGUCACCGCAAACACCCGAUGGUUCUUCUCCCGACAAGUAUGGAGGCUCUCACAAGAAAACUAGGGGCAGGGUGAAGAUUGAUAUCGAACUCAUCCGACACAAGCAGAAACGGAGCGCGACGUUCCAUAAGCGGAAAGGAGGCCUUAUGAAGAAGGGAUUUGAACUCAGUGUUUUGACAGGCUCUGAAGUGCUCGUGUUGGCUGCGUCUCGCGAUUCCGUCUUCUCCUUCGCCACCAAGAAGCUGCAGUCCAUCUUCAAGUCGAGCGUUGGCCAGCAGCUAAUCCAGUCUUGCCUACAAACCUCAGCAGUACCGGAUGAUGAUCUCACUCGCAGUGAAAUCUCACACACCAGCUCGAUGGCACCAAGACCUGCUGCACCAAGAGGUCGAGAUGGAAAUGCGGGUGUACAGCAUGGAGCACCAGGCAGCUGCAGCAGCGGCAGCGAGUAUUGUUCUGUUCCCGACGGCUAUUCCGAAACCGAGUAUCUAUGUGACGGGCGCCGACGAGAGACAUUCAUAAGAUACCCUGGUGGUAGCCGCACGGAUCGUUUGGCCUCACCCGGACGCACCACCUCUCCGAAAUCACCGCUCCCAACCCGAGCAUGCUCUGCAGCCCGACCAGUACCAAUAUCAGUUGGAGCAGGACCCAUGGCAAUAAGGGCGACAACACCAGUGGCGACAGCUUGCACUGCUAUGCAGUACUCCACCCAUACCCUGCCUGUUUUACCAGCCUCCACGCACAUUGCACCUGCACCGUAUCCUGGUGGUAGCCACGUAGAUCAUCUCAUCCCGUCCAGAACCACAGCCUCUCCAAGAUCAUCGCUUUCAGCAUAUCCAUGCUCAGCAGCCCCACCAGUACCAAUGUCAGUUGGAGCAGGACCCAUGCCAAUAAGGGCGACAACACCAGUGGCGACAGCUUGCACUGCUAUGCAGUACUCCACCCAUACCCUGCCUGUUUUACCAGCCUCCACGCACAUUGCACCUGCACCGCAGCACGCACAGUUGGUCGGCUCAUGCACACCGCUGUUGCCCAUGGCGCACCUGCCAGCAGUCCCCAUCGAGCAGCAAGGUCGCAUUUCUUCAUCUUCGUCACUAUCUCCAGCGACAGGACUGAUGUCCGGUCAGUCCACCAUGCCCAGUGACUUGAAUGGCUUCAUGCGUCAUUGUGGUAUAUCACCACUACCUCAGCCAUCCUCCACUGCUGUUAGCACCAUCGAUGAUCGCACCAUGGCUAGUUCCGUUGGCGACGGGCUGCUUGAGGCCACCAGCUGUUCUAGCUCAGCAUUCGCAUCCAGACAGCCAUGCACCGGGGUUCUUCACAACGGCAUCAACCCCACUCUUACCACUAUCGGUAACAGCAGCGGCAGCAGUGUGGGUAGCAUUGACAAUGACAGUGGCAUCAUCUGUCGUAGUCCAGCCAGUUGUGACUUGAGCAGUGUUGAUCAGUUUAAGAGUCUACAUGGCCAGGUAGCAUGUUCAUCGCCACCUGAUGCUACUCCUGCAAGAAUACGCCAAGGUCUGAAGAGAACCCACAGCACGUCAAGCAUCGGUAGCAGUACUGGCAGCAGCAGCAGCAGCAGCAUCGGCUACGCUUCUCAGGGCAGUGGAAAUGCCAGCAGCCAUUUUGUGUUUGCUGCUUCCGAAGGCUCGCCUUCCAGCUUAGAGGACGGAUCUAGCCACGCUCUUGCCAAGAGAAUAUCUCCUUUCCAAAAUCCUUCACCUUCUUCGCUAGGCGACACCGGUUUUCAUCAAUCGCCGUCCUGCGAGGCAGCCUCUGCAUUCGCAAGAACUGAGAACGCUCCGCAACACUUCGACCAAUCACUGUCCAGCGAAAGGGUCACCGGAGCUGAUCUAGAGCUUUCAGCGUCUUUCCAUAUUGGAAACCUGAAUGACGUAAGCCACCACCACACCUCUACACUAGGCAAGAACAGUGGCAGUGGCAGCAGCAGCCACUUAACGCAGUCACCUCCCGUGUCCCCAGUACACUCUUGCUCAGAUCAACCUAUCCAAGGAAGGGUACAACCGGAUAGCGAAGAAGAAGGCGAUGAUGAUCAAGAAGAGGAUGAAGAAGAAGAAGGCAAGGAAGAGGUCGAUGAGGAUGAGGAGGAACAUAGCGACAGUUCUGGAGAAGACGAAUCAUCUGUUUUCUUCCGAGUAGCGCCAUCAGUACUGUUGGCACCAUCUAUAGCACCGGUAUAUCCGCCAUCAUCAGUAUUCUCACAGCAACUUCACCAACUGCAGCCAAACCCUCUUUGCAGCCGAGAACAGGCACAUGAUUCUCAACUGCACGAUGACUUGCAAGAUGAAAUACAGCCACCACAGCUGCUGCAAGACGAUUCAUUCCAUUCCUUUUCAUCUCAACUGCACCGACAGCAGCAGCUACAACAACUGCGCCGCCAGCUGGUGCGAGGCGGGUGUAUGUUUUCAACGAGUGCCGCCAAGAGAAUGUCAUCAUCCUUCAAUCCUGGCAUCUACAGUAGCAGCAGCAGCAGCAGCAGCGUUGGUGGUGGCGGCGGAGGCAUCAGUAGCAGCAGUAGUACUGCAUCGAUAUGUGGUGCAAUUGGUCAGAGCGCACUGUCAUUUUACUGCGGCAGCAAUCAACAUCUCGGCCAUGUUGUACAUGGACUGCCACUCCCAGCAGCAGCAACUCAGCAUGUAUCACCCAACACGUACCUACCACCAGCCGCAGCAGCAGCAGCAAGUCAAUGUACAACUGCUGCUGCUGCAGGUGUAGUAAUGCAGCAUGGCACUAGCUCUAGUCUCAUGUUUCCGGCACAACACACUCAGAAUCAUCACCGGGUGCCAGCGGCGGUUCAAACUGCUCCCGGCACUGCAGCUGCUUCCGCUGCUAUUGGCUACUAUCCACAGCUGUUUCUACCGGCCAAUGUAGGUAACAACGCUGGCCUGCCAGCCAGUAUGGCCACCACCACCACUGCGGCGGCGGCUUCAUCUCAGACACACUGUCAGGCUGAUGCUGGUGCUGGAUCAUUCCAAGCAGACUUGCUUGCAUCCCAGGCCGGCGCGAUUACAAACUCGUCUUCGGUGCUUCCGCCGCUAGGCACUGCAGCCCUAGCAAUGCAGUCCAGUCAUGCCAGCAACGUCAUCUCUCCCACGAAUAGCGGCAUUUGGUACAAGCCUCAGAUAUCCCGUGCCUCCUCGAUGACUGGUAUGGCAACCUACCGUUGAUUGGUGAUAGAACUAGCAGUGACGACAUGUUGCUGCCUUUGUCCGUAAUGUCCCUGACCAUCAGCACUGCCCUACUGACUUAUAGUGAAAUCCGAUUGGCUGUUGUCCCACAAUGAGACAACAGAACAGUGCCAGUGUUGAGACAGCACACGUAUGGGUACGCCAUCCCGACGCAUCAAGCACCAGCCGUCAUGCAUAGGUGCGUGUUGGAUUGAUAUCAUAUUGCUGCUGCCAGAUCCCUGAUCCCUUGCAUGACACGCGUCAAGCGCUUCCACAGAACCGAUAUGAUACUGCUGCCCCCACACACCCAGAUUGAAGCCAACACAGAUUCACAACCUGCAUUCUGCACAGAUCCAUGACCUGCAUUCUGCACAGAUCCAUGACCUGCAUUCUGCACAGAUCCAUAACCUGCAUUCUGCACAGAUCCAUGACCUGCAUUCUGCACAGAUCCAUGACCUGCAUUCUGCACAGAUCCAUGACCUGCAUUCUGCACAGAUCCAUGACCUGUAUUCUGCACAGAUCCAUGACCCACACUGACACAUGCGUAACCACACACAGACCACUACUGGUCCCCACCGCUCUGACACCGUUCUUGUACUUACUGUUAUAUGGCACCCGUGCACACAGAAACGUGAAACGUAAUGCACUUAUGCUUCCACCCUGCCUGGACAGGGAAACUUUCGAUGCCAGCAUCACUGUUUCCCAAGCUAUAGUAAAUUAGCCAGCUGACAAUAGCAAUAACACUAUCUAAGUGCCCCAAUGCCCCGGUGCUCUCUCUCUCUCUCUCUGUCUCUCUCUCUCUCUCUCUCUCUCUCUCUCUCUCUCUCUCUCUCUCUGUCUCUGUCUCUGUCUCUCUCUCUCUCUCUCUCUCUCUCUCUCUCUCUCUCUCUCUCUAUCUCUAUCUCCCUCUAUCUGCACUGACAACGUGACCCAAUCUCAGUGUUCUCUAGCAUGGCACUGACUGCCCAUUUCCUGAUACUCCGUUUGUACACUCCCUGCUAUAGUUGCGCAUGUACUGUCUGCUGCAGCAGCACUAAUAACCGUACAAACACAUCACCUCGCUCCCAGUUACCCAACCCCUCUAGAACGCACCUGUAUUGUCUUGCAUUUUUACUUUCACCUUUUCUAUUCCUUUCUCACACCAGUAGGUGCCGCCCCCGUUAGACCAGCGGCAUCGUACUUGCUGCAUGUGAUUAUACUCAUAUUAUAUUAGCCGGGACUGGCUAACACUUGUCUAGUUUCCCUUGUCGCUGAGAUUCGUGUCUCACGCAGGUUCAACACUGUACAGCACACAUUAUCACGCUCACAAAGCAGGUUUUCUAAACUUUUCUUUUCUCACACCAUUUGCUUUUUACCUUUGGAGCGAUUCAAUAGUAGAAUCUGCACCAGUACCCCCCC